AUGGAAAGUAAUGAAGAGACGUCGAAGGCAAAGGGCAGUAAGACGCUGCUUGUUCGCCACCUUCCUCCUGACUUGAGCCCUGAGGACAAAGAAGAUCUGCUCAAGUAUUUUGGAGCCGAGUCUGUUCGGGUGCUGCCGCCUCGGGGCCGCAUGAAAAAUGUUGCAUUUGCAACUUUUAGGACUGAGAGUUUGGCGGCAAAGGUCCUCACACGGCUGCAUCAGUUGAACGUCCUUGGCCAUACACUUGUUGUAGAGUUUGCAAAAGGCCUUGAUGAUGUUGUAGAGUUAAAAGAUCCACCUGUCUCUAAAAUCAGUGAUAAAACGACUGAAGAGAAAAAGGCAGAGUCCAAACAGGAAAGUAUUCCCUUUUUAGAAGAAAACAUUGCAACAAACCUGGGGUUGAAAUUUCUGGCCAAUCCCAAUUUAAAAUAUUUAUAUCCCCCGCCCUCAAAUACCAUCCUCACAAAUAUUGCACAUGCCCUCAUCUGUGUGCCCAAGUUUUAUGUCCAGGUUCUCCAUCUGAUGAAUAAAAUGAAUUUACCUUGUCCCUUUGGCCCUGUCACUCCAAGGCCACCCAUGUAUGAGGCUCCAGCUCCUCCUGUGCCCUCAGAAAACCCACCUCUGCCCACAGGGCACCAGGGCUCCAGUGAGUCAGAAUACGAGAGCGAAGACGAUGAAGCCAAGGAGAGGUUUGAGCGUGUGAAAGGCCUGACCAACCAGCCGUGCAAGAGACCGCUGAAACAAAAGAUUUCUUCAAAACGAAAGAAACCCCGGAUCAAGGAUCUGUUCUUUGCGCCUAAAGCAGAUUCCCAGAGUGCCCCAGUGCUGCAGCCGUCAGAUGUGUUCGAGCAGCCCACCACGACCGGACACAAGAAAAUCGAGUUCCACAUUUCAGUUUUAGAGUCAAAAGUGGAGAAUGCUCCAGAUGUGGACUCUCAGAAGCUACACAGAGAAGAGGAGGUAGGCGUCCCUCGGAGCAUUGCAGCUGCUGAAGAUGUGGUCGAAGGAUUUGGAAAACUCUUUCCCAGCGCACAGCCGUCUGAAACACCAGAACAGGACAGUGAGGACGAGGACAUGCCCAAAGAUGUCAUAUCCCGCAGAGAGCUGGAGAAGGGCCGUCUUUCCAGAAACGAGAUAAAAAGGAUGUCUGUGUUUAAAAAUUACUCUGCGGGCGAGCCGACCUGCCGGCUGUACGUGAAGAAUAUCGGCAAACAAGUGGAGGAGAAGGAUCUGAAGUACAUUUACGGGAGGUAUAUUGAUAUUUCGUCUGAAGAGGAGAGAAACAUGUUCGACAUUGUGCUAAUGAAGGAGGGGCGGAUGAAAGGGCAGGCCUUCGUGGGGCUCCCCAGCGAGGCGAGUGCACAGCGAGCCCUGCGGGACACCAACGGAUACGUGCUUUAUGACAAACCUCUUGUUGUUCAAUUUGCACGGUCAGCCAAACCUAAGGACAACAGCGACCCGAAAAGAGGAGCAAAGCCGCGCUGA